UACAAAGACAAAACCCCGUAACUGAUUGAUCUCGUUCCUCUUUUUUUUUCCUCCCGGGUCCAUGAAGACACAACGCACAACAACUGAGCUGAGCCAGCAUGCCCUUCAAAGAUGAGGCUACCGUUCCGGGCGUGCCCAACUACACGCCGGCCCAGAUGCGACGCUGGGCGCUCGUUGUCUCGUCCAUGAUGACCUUUUUGGCCGUCACCAGUAUUCUUCUACGUUUGAUUAGCCGCCGUAUUCGCCAACAAAAACUAUGGCUCGACGAUUACUUAAUUAUGUUUUCCAUGGUAUGGAACUGGGUGGUUGUGGCUAUCGCCCUCGCCAUGUAUGCAGAAGGCGAGGGCUAUCAUGCCGACACUCUGGGCCCUGAAAAGGUCGCCAGAAUAGCGCGGCUGCUGCUUGUCAGUGAAGUUAUUUACAUAUGGCACAUGUGCUGGACUAAGCUCAGCGUCCUGCUCAUGUACUAUCGCAUCUUCCACUUCCCCGUCUUCAAGAUGCUUGUUAUUGGCGUCGGCAGCUUCGUCGUCAUGUGGGCUGUGGCUGCCACCUUUUUAUUUACGUUUAUUUGUGUCCCGACAGAGAAGCUCUGGACUCCUUCGCUUCCCGGUCACUGCAUCAGCGAGAUGGGUGUCUGGGUAGCCAACGCCAGCUCUACCAUUUUCUCCGAUAUUGCCAUUCUUAUACUCCCUAUACCCCAAGUUUGGAAGCUCAAUACGCGCACGUCAGAAAAGAUUGGUCUGACAUUUGUAUUUGGUCUGGGCUUCUUUACCGUCUUUACAUCAGCAUACCGAGUUUCUGUAUUAUUCAACUACUCCAGAGAAGACGCGAGCUAUACUUUGUUCCCUCUGCUUGUCUGGACCGACAUUGAAAUGUGCGCCGCUGUCAUAUCGGCCUGCCUUCCCACGAUGCGGCCAGCCAUGCAGCUUGUGGGCAUAAAAUUAGGAAUAACACGCCCUUCUCAAGCAAGCGCAUCGACCUCCAAUCCAUCGGGCGAUGGAUCACUCAGUCGCAAACGCACCAGAAGCACAUCAGGUCGGGCAAUGGACCCGAAUUCCAUGAUCUCCCGAACAUCGGAAGAGGAGCGGUAUUAUCGUGCCAAUGAAGAAACGGAGAUGGAUGAGGUGCUGGUUCACCGUGCCCCUACUCGCCAACCCUCCACAGCAGACUCGAAACACAGCUGGUAUCCGCCGAGCACGAUUGAUACCGACGCAAAGCGAGAGGAGGUGGUCACCCGAGGCUCUAUUGUAUAA